AUGUCCCUCUACUUCGACGCAGUCGCAAUCCUAACCGCCCCCUCCUCCGGCGGCUCCUUCAAAUCCCGAAUCUACAGCGCCAGAAACCUACGCGCCUCCCCAGCCCAAAUCUAUGCGCUAACCACCGAAGCCGCAAAAUGGGACACCGUCCUCGCGGACGUGAUUGACAAAUCGGGAAUCCUAACUCUCGAACGGAAGCUCUCUCCCCUUCUCGCCCUCCUCCUCGUUCACGACCAUCUCCUUGCUAAAAAGGGCAUUGCGGCGCCGGCUACGCAUACGCUUCGCCAAUGCGUUGAGCGACACAAGGCCAGACUGAAAGCUGAAUUUACCAAAGCGCGCGUCCGCCGCGGCUGUGCGAAUAUCGAAGAAUUCAAGCGCGCCGUUCUUCGCGAGAAGAGGGCUGCGGAUGGAACGAGUCAUUUCGUAUACCCGCGGUGGGUGCGUGUGAAUAAUAUUCGCACGACGCUGGAAGAGCAGCUCGCUACGACGUUCAAGGCUUAUCGACGUGUAGAGAAAUUGUCUGAUCUUGCGACGGAGGAAGAGCGAAAGCCUGAGCCGAGAUUAUUCAUUGAUCCCAAUAUCCCUGAUUUGGUAGCUGUGCCUUUUGGUGCGGAUUUCACUUCUUCGUCUGCGUAUAAGAAUGGUGAGAUCAUUCUUCAGGAUAAGGCUUCUUGUUUCCCUGCGUAUUUGCUUUUGGGAGAUCGGGGAUCUGUCGAUGCUUGGGAAGGUGAUUUGGUGGAUGGGUGUGCUGCGCCGGGGAACAAGACUACGCAUUUGGCUUCGCUUCUAGCUAAGCAGCAAAAGGGGAAGAAGAAGAAGGGUGGUCAGAAGAUCUUUUCUAUGGAUGCGUCGACGGUGCGAUCGAAGACGUUGGCGAAGAUGGUCGGGCUUGCUGGGGCGGACUCUGUUACCGUCUUACAAGGUCAAGACUUCCUUGCUCUGGAUCAUGAAGAUGAGCGCUUCGCCAACGUCACUGGACUUCUUCUCGACCCCAGUUGUUCCGGUAGUGGUAUCAUUGGCCGCGACGAGGUUCCGCAGUUCACAUUACCCGUGACGCAGCCGAAGGGUCCCAAGUCUCAUGGAAAGAAGCGCAAGCGCGAGGACGACGACGAGGGUUCGAAAGCAACGCCUGGAGCCCCACAGGCGGAGCCAACGGAUGAAAAUGAUAUUCCCGAUGGUACCAUUGACCCGGAGCGUCUGACCAAGCUUUCCAGCAUUCAAGCCAGGAUCGUUGAGCAUGCUCUGGGUUUCCCGAAUGCUACUCACGUCACGUACAGUACGUGUUCGAUCCAUUUGAUCGAGAAUGAAGGUGUUGUGGCGCGGAUUCUGGGAACUCGGGUUGCGAAGGAGCGUGGUUGGCGUCUCCUUCGGCGUGAUGAACAGCCUGAUGGAUUGCGGAAGUGGAGUAAGCGUGGUGUUCGCGAGGAACAUCCGGCUGAGGGUGAGACUGGGCCGUCGGGCUCGGUUGAUCUUCCAGAUGAGGCGUUGGAGGCAUGUAUUCGGUCGUGGCAGGGUGAUGCAGAGGGUCUUGGUGGAUUCUUCGUUGCUGGAUUUGUCCGUGACUCUGCUCUCGCCACUGCGCCGGUUCAAGAGACUGAACAAAAUGGUGAAACCGAGAUGCUCGUCGAGGACGAAGCGAAUGCCGAGGAUGAUGAUGAAGAGGAUGCAGAUGAAGAGGACUGGGGAGGCUUCUCGGAUUAG